AUGCCGGCACCCAAGCGGCUGAAGAGAGGAGACGAAGGGUAUUCACCCACAGAGGUGCUUGAAAAAGAUGAGACCGAAUUGCGGCUGGAGAAAGCCCUCUUCGGAGACGACGCAGGCUUUCUCGAGUCGUUGAAAAGAGACCAACUCCAGGAGGAUCGGUCCUUGGUGCGGCGCAAGCAUGGAAAGGACGACGAGUCUGAAGAAGACGAGGCUGCUGAUGGAGGACUGAGCGAAGUGGCGGACGGAGACUUGUUUUUUCUCGACACCGGCGCCGACCAACUGCCUCUCUCCGUUUCGGAAGAACUCGACCGUACCGAACAGGUGCAUACUCAUCUACGCCCAGAGGCUGUGUGGCAUGAUAGCGACGAUGACCGGAUCACUGUCUCACUCGCCUCGAACACUCGACUGCGCAAACUCCGCGACACGGAAGACGACGAUGUGGUUAGCGGGAGAGAAUACAUCCAGAGACUACGGCGACAGUACGAGAGGCUUCAUCCGACGCCGGAGUGGGUUACAUAUGCCAGAAAGAGGAGGAAGUUGUCUUCUCACUACGGAGAAGACGACGCGGUGUCAGACUCAGACAUGUCCAUGGACGAGGACAGCCUGCCGUCGGCUCAACCUCUGGCGGAACUUCUACGAACAGCAGGAUCUCUGACCCGGACAGAUACCAAGCAACAAGGGGCAAAAAGGUCACGGAAAUUGCGACCAGAAGUUAUUGAUAUCCAGCGCUGCAAGGACGUAGCUGGCUCCGGCCCUUCGUCAGUCGACACUUUGCAAUUCCACCCGUACUAUCCUCUGCUUCUUGCCGCCGGUCCUAGUUCAACAGCAACGCUGUACCACAUCUCGCCGCAGCCGCCGAACCCCAACCCGAUUCUGACCUCACUACAUUUGAAGGGCACUCCUCUGCACACUGCAGCAUUCUGCCGACCGCGAGCACAACCUGAUACGGAAGACGGAAGCGAAGCACAUGACCAGACGAGAGUGUUCCUCUCCUCCCGACGCCGUUAUUUCCACACCUGGUCGCUCUCCACCGGCACCGUCACCAAAGUGACUCGUGCGCUCUACGGCCAGGCCCGCAAAGAGCAGCGGACGAUGGAAGCCUUCAAGCUCUCCCCCUGCGGGCGCUACAUGGGACUCGUGGGGUCGUCGAAAAGGGGAGGCGGGAGCAUCAACGUGCUGUCGACAGAGACCAUGCAAUGGCUGUGCAGCUGCCGGAUUGAUUCGCGCGGCGGGGUGGCGGAUUUUGCGUGGUGGCGCAACGGGGACGGGUUCGCGGUUGUGGGCAAGAACGGGGAGGUCAGCGAGUACGACAUCGAGGCACGGCGGGUCGUCACGAGGUGGAUGGACGAGGGCGCCGUCGGCACCACCGUCAUUGCCUUGGGCGGCGAUGCCGGGCAGCAGCAGUGCCGGGGCGGAAGCCGUUGGGUCGCAGUGGGCUCUUCGAGCGGCGUUGUCAACCUGUACGAUCGGCGCGGGUGGAUGACGACUACUGCCGCUGCUGCUUCAAGCGACCCUGACCCUGGUUCUGUCGUCGCAAACAACAAGGAAUCGUCCGACAGGCCCAAACCCGCGAGGGUGUUCGACCAACUCACGACCCCGAUCUCGCACCUCGAGUUCUCUCACGACGGCCAGAUGCUCGUCAUGACGUCGCGCUGGAAGAAGAACGCCCUGAAACUCGCCCAUCUGCCCAGCUGCACGCUGUACAGGAACUGGCCGACGGACAAGACUCCCUUGGGGCGGAUCAGUGCCGCGGCGCUGUCGCCGGACGGGAGCUACCUCGCGGUGGGGAACGAGCAGGGGAAGAUCAGAUUGUGGGAGAUACGCGAGUAG